GAACUAAUUUUUUUCUUUCUGUGUCAGAAGUACACCUGUGACUCAUUUCUUGUGGCCUGAGAGGCGUCCCUGCCCUGCAAAGGGCUCCAAAGGCCCCAGUGGCCUGGGGCGCAGCACCUACUGCGAGCUGCGAGCGGCGGACAGUCGCUUGGGGACUGGAGUGUCCUGUGUUAAAUGUCCACAAGGAGCGACCUCAGCCCACGUGGUGACGUCCUUCUUAAAUAGCUCACAUGCACGGUUGACUUUGCAGACAGGGUCGACCCUUCACCCUGCAGGACUCAGGACCCCCUGUUCUGUCACGGGAUGGGGUCGCCCAAGGGUAAACUGAGUCUGGAGUUCCCGCGCACAGUUGGACCCUCAGUCCCAGGAAGAGGACGCAGAGGGGCCGCCGACCGGUGCGCUGAGGCCGCUCAUAGGAGCUCAGCCCCGACAUGGACGUUCCCGGGCGGGGCGGGGCCAGCCGCGGGUGUUCCCGGCCUGUCACUCAGGCUGCAGGGGGCGUGGCAGGCCGGGAGGACGCUGGCGGGGCGGGGUUGAAGUCCAGAACUAGCCUAGGGGCCCACUGGAGACACCGGACGUCACGAGGCAUCUGUCGCUCAGGCUCCAGGGGGCGGAUUCUGGGAGAGCGGCCCAAUCAUUGUAUCUGCCAAUCAGAGGCUCUAGCCUCAGGGCUACCGUCCAAUCCUGGUCGCUGCCAUCCUGAGUUCUGUCCAGUCAGGGUGGUGAGGGCGGGGCGUCGCUGCCCAGCGACUGUGCUGUUGUCGCCCUGGCUGGAGCCUACCUUAAGUGGCGGGACGGCGAGGAGGACCCACGGGGAGCCUGGGAGCCGGUGGAGGAUGGACUCUGUGGUCUUUGAGGAGGUGGCUGUGAGGUUCACCCCAGAAGAGUGGGCUCUGCUGGAUUGUACUCAGAAGGACCUCUACAGAGAUGUGAUGCUGGAGACCUGUAGGAACCUGGCUUCUGUUGAUUGUUGCAUUCAAGUUCACACCAGCGGAUCAAGCCCUUGGUGGUGUAUUUGGGGGACUGAACUUUGCAAUGAGGAUGAAAUUGUGAAACUCACAAGCCGUGAUUACUGGUCAGUCUGCGGAGAAAACUGGAGAUUUGUUCACCAUGGAGACAAGCCCCAGAUGCAGACACCGUGUGGGAGCAGUCCUUUGGUAGACCAGCUCUGUGAAGAUAGUGAAGGGAGUCCAAGUGGAGGAAACUCGAACCAGACUGUGAGCCUACUGUGUGCAAGAGUGCUUCCCCUGGAGGUAACACGUGACUGCGCUAGGUGUGGAGGAGCCUUCAAGAAUCUGCGAAGGUCUCCAGGUGGACACAGGCCACAUCCCCAUGAGGAAUGUGGGCAAGCCUGCCAGUGUGUCUCGUGCCUGUGCCCUACUGUGAAAACUGACCUUGUGGGGAAACGCCCCACAUGUGAGGACUCAGGGAGAGCAUCUAAGAAAAGGCAAAGUCCUAGUAGGAAAAGGUCCUGGGAAUGUAAAACGUGUGGGAAAGUUUUCUCUCGCCUGUCAUCCUUUAGGAGACACGUGAGAGGUCACAGCAAAGAGAAAACCCAUGCGUGUGAUGUGUGUGGGAAAACCUUUAGGUUUCAGUCGUACCUUAAGCGACAUGUGCGAACCCACACUGGAGAGAAGCCGUACGAGUGUCGAGAGUGUGGGAAAGCCUUCAGCUGCCCCUCAUACUUCCGGGACCACGUGAGGACUCACACUGGAGAGAGGCCCUACACAUGUCAGCACUGUGGGAAAACCUUCGGCUGUUACUCAUCCUUCCGGGACCAUGUGAGGACGCACACAGGAGAGAAGCCCUACGAGUGUCAGCACUGUGGAAAAGCCUUCGCCUGCUACUCGUCCCUUCGAGAACAUGGGAGGUCACACAGUGGAGAGAAACCCUAUGAAUGUAAGGAAUGUGGCAAAACCUUCAGAUACCCCUCAUCCCUGCGAGCCCAUGUGAGGACACACACCGGUGAGAAGCCCCACGUGUGUGAGCAGUGUGGGAAAGCCUUCAGCUGUCCCACUUACUUCCGAAGACAUGUCAAAACACACAGUGGUGCCAAACCCUAUGAGUGCAGGCAGUGUGGGAGGGCCUACAGCUUCUCUUCGUCCCUCCGCAUACACGCGAGGACGCACACGGGGGAGAGACCCUACACGUGUCAGCAGUGCGGGAAGGCCUUCAGCUGUCACUCCUCUCUUCGGGAACACGUGCGGACGCACAGUGCCGAGAAGCCUUACGAGUGUCAGCAGUGUGGGAAAGCCUUCAGCCACUCUCAGUAUUUCCAAAAACACGUGAGAUCGCAUGCUGGAGGAAAGCCCUAUGAGUGCUCCAGGUGUGGGAAAGCCUACCGUUGCUCCUCGUCUCUGCGGGUGCACGUCAGAUCGCACACCGGGGAGAGGCCCUAUGAGUGCAAGCAGUGUGGGAAAGCCUUUGGGUACCUCGCAUCCCUGAGAGCACACGCCAGAGCACACGCUGGAGAGAAGCCCUGAGAGGAUGAGGGGGCCUGGUGAGAGCCCUGGGUCCAUCCCAGCACUACAGGAGCACAGGGGUGCUCUCUCCCUAAAAGUUUUGCAGGAGGUGAAGAAAAGCACACUGCACAGAAACCUUAUUCGUGGAGAGAAUGGGGGAAAACUUUUAGGUAGAAUGCUUCACUAAUUUUGUAUAUGAAACUUCAGAACCAGAGAGAAAUCUCUGUUACUGGGAUUGCCUACUUUUUCUUUUUCUUUCAUGGUGCUGGGGUGGAGCUCAGGGCUUCAUUGAGUCUAGGCAAGCCCUCGACCUCUAAGCAGCACCCCAAACGAUGGUGUUGUCUUCUAAGUGUUCAGCCUUCCUAGGAGUGCCUAGUGAUUUAAUUUCUGCAUUAUGUUUCUGAUAUAAAUGCUUAGUAAGGAUCUGGUUUUGUACCCCGUCAGAUAUACUUUGUAUAUUUUGUUAUUUAAGGAUUUAAGUAAUUGUGCAGUCAUAUAAAACUUAUGUUUCUAGUAAAUAUCUUUUUGACCUAGGGGUGAUUAACUGGUUUUUGUUUCUUGAGAAAUUGAUGAUGGUACUGGGAUUUGAACUCAGGGUCUCAUGCUUGCUAGGUAGGUGCCUACCAGGUAAGCCACACCUGCAGCAUGUUCUACUUUCAUUUUGUCUGAUAGUGUUGUGUUUUUGCCUGGUUGAGCCAGUACUGAUUUAUACCUCCUGAGCAGCUGGGAUCGCAGGUGUGAACGUCCAUGCCUGGCUUACUCAUUGAGAUGCGAUCUUUUCGAACUUUUUACCCAGGCUGACCUUGAACGAGGAUUUUCCCAGUCUCCACAAGUGGCUGGGAUUAAAGGUGGAUCCACCACCCUCAGCCGAAUGUUUUGGAACAACACAUGAAUGGAAUGCACCUCCUCUGGGUGCAGUUGGGUGGGAGGGAUAACAGUAGGGUAACUAGUUAAUAAAAUAUUUGAAAAGGGCAGCAGAGAGGAUUUCGAAGGUUCCCAACACAAAUAAAUGUGUCAGGUGGCAGAUACACCAGGUAUUGUAAUCUGAUCAUUACACCUUGUGUACACGUGCUGAAAUGUCACACUGUACUUCAUAAAUAAUGUACAAUUACUAUGUGUUAUUAAAAAAUAAAAGUAAAUUUAAAAAGGAACCAUCCAAGUGUUGUUGGCAUUUUGAUUCCCACAGGUCUGAGUGUAAUCUCUGUGGUUGAUACACAGCAGUGUACCAUAAAUUUGCUGAGCAGCAAAAAUUGGGUACUAGAACUUUUUUUUGUGAUACUGGGAUUUGAAUUCAGGGUCUCACACUUACUAGGCAUGUGCUUUAUUGCUUGAGUCACACCUCCAGCCCUUGCUUUAGUUAUUUUUCAAAUAGGGUCUUACAUUUAUGCCUGGGCCACUUUGCAC